GCUCACGCGCACUCGCAUCUACCGUCAUGGCGCUAAUGAGGUCUGUCUACAACUUGCUCUUCAGGCGAACGUCUACUUUCGCCGUAACCAUCAUGGUUGGAGCGGUUGUGUUUGAACGAGUAUUUGAUCAAGGUGGCAACGCGAUAUUCGAGCAACUGAACCAGGGGAAAUUGUGGAAACACAUUAAACACAACCACGAGAACAAUGAUGAGGAAUAAGACGCAGCACCGGGGUCAUCUAAGGCGAAAGUGCAACUGUUGUCACACUUCCAUCAGCCAUUCUUCGUGGACUCAUCACCUGAAUCUAGCCGCAGUCAACAUGGGCAUUGUGCUCAAGAGUCACCGGCGACCAGAGGACCUACAAGAGUUUAUUGACUGUCCACACCAACAUGAAGAUGGAGCAAUAGUUGUUGCCGUCACACCCCACUUCCCCACCCCAUGUUGUGUUGUGUUUAGUCAUUUUUCCUCAUAUUAUAAAUGUUUAAAUUAAACUUGAUUUAUGGUCCUACAGACCUAACAAUG